GUUUUCUUGUAGCAAAUAUCCGUCAACAGUAGCGACCAGUGGCAACUUGACUGUAGUAAACACACUCAUUGGAGAUACAUACACAAAUAUGGGGAAAAAGCACAAGAAGCAUAAGCCUGAGUGGAGAACAGUUGAUGAUUACGAGGAUACGUCUCUUGAGAAGCCCUUGAAACUGGUGCUCAAGGUUGGAGGCAGUGAGGUGACGGAACUGUCCGGAUCAGGCCACGACUCCAGCUACUACGAUGACAGGUCUGAUCAUGAGCGAGAACGUCACAAAGAGAAAAAGAAAAAGAAGAAGAAAAAGUCUGAAAAAGAUAAAGACAAGUAUGUGGACGACGAGGAGAGGAGACGACGAAAGGAGGAGAAGAGGAAGAAGAGAGAGCGGGAGCAAAUUGAAUCAGAGGCAGCAGUUGCCGCUGCUGGGCCUGUUGAACCUUUUACCCUGUCAAAAACUAUAACUAUUUCGUUAGAGCCAGAGGAGAAGAAAAAGAAGAAAGAAAGGUUUGACAUAGAGUCUGAGGUGGAGGAAUUUCAUCCAAGUGUGAAGGUGGAAGUAGAGCACCAAGGAGAUAGACCAGUCAGAGCAUGCAGAACGCAACAAGAAAAUGAGUCUACGCCUCGCCAACAACUACUAGAGCACUUUUUGAGGCAACUACAGAGAAAAGACCCCCAUGGGUUUUUUGCAUUUCCAGUAACAGAUGCGAUUGCUCCUGGUUACUCAAUGAUCAUCAAACAUCCUAUGGACUUCAGCACAAUGAAGGACAAAAUUAGAAACAAUGAGUACAGCACUGUGACAGAAUUUAAGGCUGAUUUUAAGCUGAUGUGUGAUAAUGCUAUGGUGUACAACCGACCAGAGACUGUCUACUAUAAGGCUGCCAAGAAGCUGCUCCAUACAGGAUUUAAGAUGAUGAGCAAGGAAAGACUGUUGGCUCUAAAGCGCAGCAUGUCGUUCAUGCAAGACAUGGACUUCACCCAGCAAGCAGCCAUUCUGGGUGAUGAAGACCUGACAGCAGAUCUGCCUCCUCCAGAGAUAAUUCCCAUGCCAGUCGAAUCAGCUAAGAAGUCAAGAAAGCAGCCAGUCAAAGAUAUGAAGGAAGUCAUCAGUUACUUGUAUGAGCCAGAGGGAAAUGCCUGUAGUUUGACUGACAGCACAGCAGAAGAACACGUUCUCGCUCUGGUCGAACAUUCUGCAGAUGAAGCUCGGGAUCGCAUCAAUAGAUACAUGCCAAAUUCUAAGAUUGGCUACUUGCAUAAGGAGUCAGAAAAUUCUCUUCUAUAUACUGUUGUCAAUCAGCUUGACCCUGAUGCUGAAGAGGAAGAGACCCAUAAAGUGGACUUAAGUUCUCUGUCAAAUAAACUCCUGCCUGGAUUAACAACCUUAGGUUUCAAAGAUGACAGAAGACACAAAGUGACCUUCCUGAGCAGUGCUUACAAUAUCCAAAGUCUUCAAAAGAACUCAGUCUUUCCAGACCUGCUUCCUGAUGAGGUGGACACGCUCUAUUCAGCCUAUGGAGACGACACUGGAGUACAGUGUGCUUUGAGUAUACAGGAGUUUGUCAAGGGUUGUGGAAGUACCACUAAGCUCUGGGUUGAUGGACUUCUGGACAAAAUGACUGCAGGCGAUCACACUAAAGCUGUCAGUCCAAUUCGACAGAAACGAAACAUAAUGCUGAAAUCAGAUGAAACCAAAUCCAACCUUUGUGACAUGCAGAUGUCAGAUGGCACUGGUCUGGGAGACAGUGGCUCAGUCCUGGACUUCAUGUCAAUGAAGAACUAUCCUGACAUGUCUCUGGAAAUGUCCAUGCUUAACUCGAUAGGCAAAACGGUGAAAAAGGAGCCAGGCAACGAGGACGGCCAACAACAUUUUGACGAUGCAGAGAAACUCCUACAGGAGUUUCAGGAGGCUCAGGUCGACAGAGUGGGUUCCAGACCGUCAUCCAACCUGUCCUCGCUCUCAUAUGCCUCAGAGAGGGACCAGCACCACCUAGGGAGCCCAUCACACCUGGGUGUUGGUGACCAGUCGGAAAUGGUUCACGAUCCCUAUGAGUUUCUGCAGUCUCCAGAAGCAGAGAGCUCAGCCAACAGCUGACCACACACGCCGCUGUCCCGUCAUGGUGCUGUUAAUGCUGGGGUGAUGGACCGUGUAAGCGACGUGGAGAUAGCAGGAGGCCUGACCUCUUUUAAUGGCUGAAUGUGAUUGUACAGAUUGUUUGUAGUGUAACUCUUUGGUUUUGUAACAGUGCAACACUUAAAUAAAAGUGAAACAUAAA